UGAGAGUCAACUGCAGCGCCACAUGCUUUCUCACUCGGGUGAGAAACCUCACAAGUGCCACCUCUGUGACAAGAGUUUUGGUUUAGCAUACUUGCUUCGUGACCACCUUAACACCCACACUGGGGAGAGGCCUCACCGUUGCCAAGAGUGCCAUAAGUCAUUCCCCUGGCUCAGCAGUCUCCUAGUCCAUCAAAAGAUACAUGCACGAAAGCGUCAAGCAUUGAACCAGUCUUUCUCUUCAUUUGCUGUUUCCCAGAGAGGAAGGACUAGGGGCGUAGGAGGCAGGGGCAGGAGAAAUAGUAGGUGGAUUUCAAGUUGGCCAAGGAUGGGGGGAGAUAUCGAUAGGACAAUGCCACUGCAACAGGCCACUUUUCCUGGUCAGAUUUUGCAGGGACCAGUGCUGCCAAACAUGAUCGGGCACCCCUCUGUCUCUGAUGCAGAUGUGCUUGAGCGAACACAGCAGUCGUUUCAGUCCUGGCAGACAGAGAAUCAGGCCAGGACUGUUCAUUUGCAGCAACAAUGGCAAAUACACAUUAAGCCUCAGAUACAGCAGCAGCCUAAAAGGGUAUCUGAUGGACCACUAAACGAUGUCAAGCAGCAGUGGCAAAUGGGAGCGCACCUGAAACCUAUCUUGCCGAAACUGGAUGGUCUGCAACAACAGCAGAAUCCUGCCUGGGCUGAUGUAGUGCUGUCAGCCCAGGCUGGGCCAGCUUCCAAGCAGCAUCUAGAGAACUGCACAGCACAAGAUAAUGGGGUCGCAGCUUUAACACCUGGUAUGGGCUUUACUCCUGGCCCAUUACAGGUGUCAAGUGAACAAGAGCAAAAGAAACAGCAACAGCCUCCUUUCUGGGUGACUUCACCAACAGCAGCUCCAAAGUCACCAUGCAAUGCAGAUGAGUCAUCAUUGGAUAUGAGAAUACAUUCACCAGUGUCAAAUUCUCCAGACAAAUGGUCUGUUUCCUCUGAUGUAAUUCAGAACACUAAGGCUGAACUUCAUUCAGCAAAGGAUAGAACUAUUUUUGCCUUAAGAACACCUGAUAGCUCAUUGCAGGCAAAUAAUGAAUCAGAUAAAACUAACAGUGGAGAGAACCAGGUACAAGGACAGGCAUCUGGUCUGGCCAGUUCAUCCAUUUGUGCACAAACUGGGCAAACAACUGAUGAGUCCAGUGGUAAGCCUUGGAGUUUCAGAACUCGUCUAGAAAUGCCUAAGAUGUUGAACGUACAAGAAAAGCCUACGAACGAAAUGGAGGCAAAGCAGUCCCAACUGCACAUAAUGCAACACUCUUCACAGCAGCAGCAACAGCAGUUGCAACUGGUCCUGCAGCCACCACCUCAAAUGCAGCUUCUCCAACAACCAAUGCAGCAACUGCAGCAGGAACAGUUACAGCAACAGUUACAGCUUCUUCAGCAACAGCAGUUUCAUCAGUCACCAUUAACACAGCAGCAGCAGAAUCAGUUGCCCUCUGCCUGGGAAGGUGCGCCUCAACCAAACCAGUUGGGAACAAUCAGUAUUCAGUUUGGGGCAGCACGCUUUGCACCUGGGCCUGGAAAUACUGUAUGGGGCUUCCAGGCAACACCAAUUGUUUCUCAAACUUUAGUCAAUGGACCAAUUCAACAAGGACCUGUGCGGGCACAGCAGCAAUCUCCUGUAGUUUCAGGCCCUCAGAUCCUCCUAAACCAAACCUCUCCAUUCAUCUCCCCUCCGCUCCCUUUGCAAUCUCCCCUCGCUUUGCCUGGCCCUCAUCCCAUGCAUACCGUAGCAGGGCAACUUUCAGGUCCAACGCCUCAAGGCAUUUUCUUCACUCCACAGGGCAUGGUGAGCGAGAGGCCAGUCGUGCCACAGGCAUUGCCCUCACCGCAUUUACCACAACGAACAGAACCACACAAACCCGGCGGUCAAGUCCUGUUCGGCCAAGAUCGCCGCUUUCAUUGCAUGGUCUGUGGAUGCACGUUACCCGGAGAACUAGAAUUGCAAAUGCACUAUAUGCAACAUGCACAGGGAGAAAUAUGACUUUACAGCAAGUAAAGAAACUCACUUUACUAGUGUUUCUGUCUGCCCUUUAUGUAUACAUCUAUUGAGCUGCCAAUGAGACGAUUGUUGACAGAGUGGUUGUUGAUGUAUUUCCUCACUUGUGCAUUCGGGUUUGCUUGAGGUGUGGUAUUCCUCUUGAAGUGACUCCCAGUAAUUAGCACAUUUCCAGUUUCACAACAAUUCCAUAUGUUGUUGAUGUCGUAACAAAUUCUUGUAUCUCUAAAGUGGUAACUCUUAUAAAAGGAGGGGAAAACAUUCUUAACGUUGAGGCACAAUAAUGUGAUGAGAUUGUAUUCCAGGUAAUUAUGAAAAACAUUGCAUUCAUCAUGGAACGAUCAGACAGUACAAAGAGCAGCUUGCAUCUGCAAGCCUAAAUAAAUAAAUAAAAGUGGAGAAAAAUUCUGAGACUUUGAUACGACAGUGACCAUAUACUGGUUUAUUAUUGAAGGGGCGUUCCGGCCUAAAUCUAGCAUUUAUCAUGCUAUUUUUUGUGUAAUGUUGCACAGCAUUACAUCUCUUGGCUUCAUCAGUUUGAAAGAUAUUUACAAAUUUGUAUUCUUUGUUUUUCUAAUCCAUCAGUGUUCUCUGUCUACAUUGUUCAGCAUGCAUCGCACAAAUACGCCAUACAACCAUUGGGAAAAUCACCCUCCCCGUGGUGAUGGAGUACACUGGUAUAAAGGCUAAGCAGGGGUGCAACAUUUCAGGCAGUUCCUCCUCUUUUCUUCUCCAUAGCGGUUGUAGUCUUUUAAAAGUUCCUCUCAACUUCCUAGAACUUCCUAGGUUUUCCAAGUCUUUAAACCGGAAUAUCUCACUCUCAGGACUACUGUGGCACCACACUAGGAGGUGUGAAGACAGGAUGUAGCAAUGGUUAUGUUUAUCAUUUUGGCUGGAUUGCCCCUUUGGUUGAGUCUUGUCACCUGAACGGAGAUGGAAUCGACUAGUACCCUAAUGUGUUACACUGUGCAAAGCAUUUUACUUCACCCAUAGCUACGUGUUUAUUAUUAAAAUAGUUUUCUGUGUUGUUUUUAAUACUUUUAAUAUUCCAAAUCAUAAUGUUUGGCAGUAUAUUUUUCUCUUCUGAAUCAGUGAUUAUGCUUAUAUGAUGCCUAUACAAAUGUUCUCAUACUGUAUGCACACAUUCUUAGACCAUGGGCUGUGUAGUUCUUUGUCAUCUGGUAAACUUUCAUCACUUUCUCUACCGUCUCAUUUACUGUAUAAAAUUGUGUCAAAUCUCUGAAACGUUGAGCGUCACACAGUUUGUGCUAUUCACUGUUUUGUUUUUUGUUUCCUCCGUGUUAACACGCCAUUUGUAUGUUACGAUCCCAAACACUUCACAGGAAGAUCCUAUUCCUUGGUUUUUUGAAUGGCUAAGACCUUUGAAAUGCUCAUUUAUCCGUCUACCUCUGUCUGAUUGUUGUAGGUUUAGAAUAAAUAAAAUUAAACUUUAAAAAA